UUUACGGCAUUAUUCCAACAGUGGGCGGGGUAAAGCCGUGUCAGAUCCCUUUUGGUGAGGCGCAGUCAUGGCUCUUCGCUGUAUGCUGGGACUGUCUCUAGGGAGAAGGUUCCCGUUGAGCAGAGCAGUGAGACUUUACAGCAGCGGCCAGAGCAUUGAGGUGGGAGUUCGUGAAGGGUUCCCAGUUCUCUCUCUUCCUCUCCCGUCUCGGAAUGAGACUUGUGACUUUGUCCUCAGGCCAUUCCUCCAGACCGUGGCCCACGUCACCUCCAGUAUCAGGAAUGAAGACCCCGGAAUUGAGAGAGUUGUUCUCUAUUCACCAGACGGGAACAGAAUCUCUAGUUCCACUGGAGUCGACCUUCUGCUGCAGUCCGACUUUCAUCUCCAUGUGAACGACCUAAAAUACCACAUCAAAAUUCCAACCGACAUGGUCAGUGGAAUGUUGGAUGGAGAGAAAAGUCUGUCUGACGUGAGGAAUGUCAUUCAUAAACUCUACACUUCUCUCAACGUGGACAGACAUCAGCUAUCAAAGGAGAGAGAGCUCCGUGGCCAGCUAGAGGCUCUGGCGUCAGAACUGGCUCCACUGGAGACCCAGAGACAGCAGCUGGCUCAGAGGUCUGAGAGAAGAACCAAUGGCGUUCUGUGGGCGGGGCUUGGCUGGAUGUCCCUCCAGUUUGGCUUCUUUGCUCGCCUCACGUGGUGGGAGUACAGCUGGGACAUCAUGGAGCCCGUCACCUACUUCGUGGGCUACGGAACCUCCAUCCUCAUCUUCACCUACUUCGUCCUCACCAGACAGGACUAUAAUUAUCCGGAGGCUCGUGAUCGACAAUACCUCAAUUUCUUCAGCAAGAUGGCUACCAGAAACAAGUUUGAUGUGGAAAAGUAUAAUCAUUUGAAGGACACCGUAGCUGAGGUCCGCAGUGAGUUGGACAGGCUGCGAGACCCUCUCCAGCUAAACCUGCCCACUUCUGGCCCCACUAGCCCUCUGACUGGAGACUCUAGCAAUUGAUUGAUGCACUGUUGUUUUAGUACAAGUUCUCUAUAAUAGCUAGGCAUCUCUGUACUUAGUCUACAAUCUGGCUGUUUUGGUUGUAUGGGAUUAAAAAUUUUCAAAGCUCGAACAA